AUGGAUGUAAAGAAUGUUUUCCUCAAUGAAGACCUCCAAGAAGAAGUGUACAUGCAACCACCCACUCGCUAUACUCACUUAGGUCUUCAAGUUUGUCUCCUUCAUUAUGAUCUUUAUGGCCUUAAGCAGGCUCUUCGGGCUUGGUUUGAAAAGUUUAACUCAGUUGUUACUCAACACGGUUUCAUUUUAAGUCCUCAUGAUGCUGCUCUCUUCGUUCGAAGAUCCUCUAUUGGUAUCACUCUUAUUCUUCUUUAUGUUGAUGACAUGAUUAUUAUUGGAGAUGAUUCAGCAGGAAAAAACCCAAGUGCAGUGGAAGUAGCUGAAGCAUCAGUGACUAAGAAAUCACCCACCUUGUUUGGACUUGUCAAUAUUUUUGAUGAUCCAUUAACGGAAGGGCCUGAACCCACCUCCAAGCUUGUGGGUCGAGUUCAAGUGGGUUUGGGAAACAGUUCAUGUAGUGGAGCAGCAGCAGUUUGUGGGAACGUUACAAUUCCAUACCCUUUUGGAAUUGAACCUGGUUGCUACAUUGACGAUUGGUUUGCGAUAGAUUGCAACUACACUCUUGGCUCUCCCAAGCCAUUCUUGAGAAGCUUUGACCUGGAGGUGCUGGACAUUUCAUUAGAAGGCACACUUCGAAUCAGUUAUCCUAUGUCAUGGACGUGUCCUAAUGGUCAUCGCAGUGCAAGACAUAAUGUGAGCUUAGCAUCAAGUCCCUUUGUCUUCUCAAAAUUGAGAAACAUAUUCAUUGCCAUGGGUUGUAACAACUUGGCUUAUCUUCAACCCGAUGAUAGCCCAAAUAGUUCACUAAGUAUUAUUGCUGGGUGCAUGUCCGUUUGUGAGAAAAACACCUUACAGACACAGGGCAGUAGUUGCAAUGGCAUCGGCUGUUGCAAAACCACAAUCCCUUCAGAUCUCGAUGUGUUUAACAAAUGGAUAGCGUUCAUGGUCAAACCAUCUCUUAAAAGUACCAAAGAUUGCAGCUAUGCCUCCUUAGUAGAUCAGAAGUGGUUCGAGGAAAAUUUAACAAACAUCUUUGAAGUCCGAAAAAUGCCUCACGUUCCUGUGGUAUUAAAUUGGGAAAUAAAUGCAAACUUAUCUUCUCUUGUAAAGGGAAGUAAUUCAUCUAACUCAACAUGUCAGUUUGCAAAUCGUUCUUUGUCAUCGGGUAAUAUGAGUUCAACCAUUGCAUGCUCUUGCAACUCCGGCUUUGAAGGAAAUCCCUAUCUUGUUGAUGGAUGUCAAGGUAUUAGCACAGGCAUUGGGCUGUUAAUUUUGUUUAUUGGUGGAUGGUGGUCAUAUAAAGUGGUAAAAAAAAGGAAGAAUAUUAAGCGCAAGGAGAAGUUCUUCAAACGAAAUGGUGGUUUAUUAUUACAACAGCAAUUGUCUUCAAGUGAAGUAAUUGUUGAGAAAACCAUCAAAUUGUUUAAUUCAAAGGAUUUGGAAAAGGCCACUGAUAAUUUUAAUGUGAAUAGAAUUCUUGGUCAAGGAGGACAAGACACUGUUUAUAAAGGUAUGUUGAUAGAUGGGAAAAUUGUUGCAAUAAAAAGGUCUAAGGUAAUUGAUGAAGGAAAACUCGAAGAAUUCAUUAAUGAAGUUGUCAUUCUUUCACAAAUUAACCAUAGGAAUGUGGUUAAACUACUUGGUUGUUGUUUGGAGACAGAAGUUCCUUUGCUAGUUUAUGAAUUCAUUCCUAAUGGAACUCUAUCCCAAUAUCUCUAUGACCAAAAUGAGGAGUUUCCAACAAUAUGGGAUAUGUGCUUACGAAUUGCUACAGAAGUUGCAGGAGCUCUUUUCUACUUACACUCAGCAGCUUCUACACCCAUUUACCACCGUGACAUUAAGACUACAAACAUUCUCUUAGAUGAUAAGUAUAGAGCAAAAGUAGCAGAUUUUGGGACUUCAAGAUCCAUUGCUGUUGAUCAAACUCACCUAACCACAAUAGUACAAGGCACUUUUGGAUAUUUGGACCCUAAGUAUUUCCAAUCAAGUCAGUUUAUAGAAAAGAGUGAUGUUUAUAGUUUUGGUGUUGUCCUUGUUGAGCUCUUAACUGGAGAAAAAGCUAUUUCUUCUACGAGGACAAAAGAAUGCAGAAGUUUAGCCACAUAUCUCAUUCAUUCAAUGGAGGACAAUAAUUUAUUUGAUAUUAUUGAUGCUAGAGUUAUGAAGGACGCUAAACAAGAAGAAAUCAUUUCAGUAGCAAACCUUGCAAAAAUGUGCUUGAACUUGAAUAGGAAGAAACGACCUACAAUGAAAGAAGUUGCAAUGCAGUUGGAGGCAAUCCAAUCAUUGCAAAAAACUCCUAAUGUUCAACAAAACUACGAAGAGGUUGAAUUUGUCAGAACUGAAAUGCACGAGCAAUGGGAUGAUAUUUCUACAUCAACAAUAUUAGGUGUGGAUAGUGGUGUAGCUUCAUCUUCAGGAUCCCGCCCACUGUUAUCUUUUUAAUUAGGUUGAAGUAAAAGUUUUCAUUGUAGUAUUUAUUUGUUUCAUCUUGUGAUGCUAUAUCUUUA